GAAACAGUUUACUCAUUGUUUAAAGUGUGCAUUACAACUGAUUCACGUUUCAACUAAAAUGUAUUAUUAUAUUUUGGUAGUAAUUUUAAUAUUGUACAUAAUUUACGACGUAAAUUAUGUCUUACGCACUUUAUUUACUAUUUUAAGCGGAAGAAUGUUGGAAAAGUCAUAUUCUCUACAUGACCCUACCACUAUUUACGGUAUUUGCACCUACCUAGACUGUGACGAGAGCUUUAGAAGUCUUCGGCUAGCCAGGCUACUCCGCGAGAUCGACAUAGCACGUUUUCACUUUUACGACCGGACCGGUAUCUACGAGCGAAGCCAAAUUCUCAAAAUAUCGUCUUUGCAAGGAUGCACACUUAGCACCACAUGCGAGCCAGUUGGAUUAUUUCAAAUAUAUAAAAUAACCACUAAGCUGGUAUACUGGGAUGAUCGAUCACUAUUCCUGGAACACGAAGUGGCCACACUAUCUGACGGAAAGUUAAGACAUGUGAUUGUGUCCCGCCAACACCCUAUUGGGAAAGACAGAAACUCUACGGAGGCUUUAUUGCAUGAACUAAAGGGGGCGGAAAAUUCACCCUCAUGUCCAGAAUAUAUAAGCCAUUGGAUACGAAGUAAUGAAAUUUCUAGUUUAAAAUUUAAAAAAAUAUGAAGUAGAAAAUAAAAUAAUUAGU